GCACAUUCUCUCAGGAUAACUCGGAUAACUCCCAUAGAAAGCAGACAUUACGAUCAGCUUCGAUCCUUGAAGUAAUAACUUACUUUCCUUAUUAUCUUGAAAUCAAUCUAUUAUUACUACGUAGUAGUUAUGUUGUUACCAAGACAAGAAUAUAAGCCGAUUGCCCAGCCACGAAGGAGGAGGGGGUGUUGUUGGCUGUUAAAAUGAAGAUCUACGCAAGGAAUAAUGAAAUGUACAAUAUGGUGAUGGUUAAUGCCAGAUGCAGAAUUAUAAUUGUGCAUAUGAUGUAUGGUCCACGAGAGGGUUUCAGUCGUGUACUAACUACUCCAAUGACCUUCAAAUCUACCCCACCAGUGGAAGACCAUGAGACCUGCCAAAUAUCCAUCCCCGUCACUGAUUAUGGGUGGGAAGAAGCUCUUGGACUCGAGCCUCGGAAGGACCUGCUCAACCCAACCAGGAAGAUCCAUGCGGGUAGACCCGACAGGGUGGUUACUGGCCAAUUUCUCUCGAUAGCGCACACUCGGCUUAUGCAGCAGAGGCAUCCGGACCCAGAAGACAGAGUGCUGGCGAAGUUCACAGCACGGAAUGCGUCCAACAUGCUUGCCUUGGAUGCCUCGACUGGAAUCGUUAAUCGGCCUGGAUGCACAUACUUUAGCUUUCUGGAACUCAUGCAGAAAGAACGGGUCGCUCGGACGGUGGUGCCAUGUCUCGGCGGCACGCAUUCGUCGCAGCUAGUUGCUGCCGAAUGA